GGAGAUUAGAAAGAGACGGCGACUAGCCCGCUGCUCCCGACCCGCCUCAUGCGAAUCCCAUUACUAAAUCCAAAUCUCAUCAUCUCUAUCUGAAAUCGAUAUACAAAAGAGCAGAAGUCGAUGCGGAGAAGCAUGGAAGCCGAUGUUUCGAUCCAACGAGCGAGUUUCGAGCUUCUCUCAACUCAUGGUUUUCUUAAGGAUUUAAUCAGAAGAGGUUUCAGUUUCACUCAAUAAAACGGUUAUAGAAUAGACAAUAGCAAACAGAGAAACCGAAGACAGGCAAGGUUUGGAAGUCUUCUGAUUUUGGCCAGGAUGGCAUUGGCAACUUUUCUGGGAGCAUGUAGACGGUUUGCAACAUUUCUUCCUAUAUUGUACAUUCUUCUUUCUCUACUAGCUGGCAUGGGAACUUCAACUGUGAUGUUAAUUGGGAACAACGUCACAUUAUCAUUUGAUGAUAUCGAAGCCAAUUUCACUCCUGAAAUUAAAGGAUCUGGGGAAUGUGGCAUCUUGUAUUUGGCUGAACCUCUUAAUGCAUGCUCGCCGUUGGCAAAUAGAGUUGUUCCAGGCGAAGGUGUAACUUCUCCAUUUGCAUUGAUUAUUAGGGGAGGAUGUGCUUUUGAAGAUAAAGUUAGAAGAGCACAAGAUGCAGGGUUCAAAGCUGCUAUUGUCUUUAAUGAUAAAGAUGGUCCUUUGGUUGCAAUGGCAGGAGAUUCCGCAGGUAUUAAAAUACAUGCUGUGUUUGUCUCGAAAGCCUCUGGUGAAACCCUGAAAGAGUAUGCUGGCUUAACGGAGAUGGAUCUGUGGAUCAUCCCAACCUUUGAAAAUUCGGCAUGGUCAAUCAUGGCCAUAUCUUUCAUAUCCCUACUUGCCAUAUCUGCAGUGCUUGCUACAUGUUUCUUUGUUCGGAGACACCGUAUAAGACGAGAACGGGCUCGAGCCCCUAAUCUUCGUGAGUUCCAUGGAAUGAGCAGUCGACAAGUGAAAGCAAUGCCAAGCCUGAUUUUCACAUCGGUCUUGGAAGAUAACUGUACUUCAAGAACAUGUGCUAUAUGUUUGGAGGACUACAAUGUUGGGGAGAAGCUUAGAGUGCUGCCAUGUCGCCAUAAAUUCCAUGCUUUUUGUGUGGAUUCUUGGCUCACAAGUUGGAGAACCUUUUGCCCUGUUUGCAAGCGCGAUGCACGGACAAGCACUGGCAAUCUGCCGGCCUCAGAGUGCACUCCUCUACUUUCCUCAAGUCAUGCUUCCCUUUCUUCCUCUGCUGCCUUAUCAUCUGUGCGUUCAUCAGUAGCCACGUCUUCAGCUAUUCAGAUAGCCCCAGGAUCAUUCUGUUCCUCUGCUGCACUGUCAUCUGUGCAUUCGUCAUUGACGACAUCUUCAGCUAUACAAAUAGCUUCGACAUCAUUUCAGUAUCCAUCAACAUCCCGCACCCAUUCCAUUUCCAGUACUCCUUACCAACCACAAUCUCUUAGGUCCUACAACUCACCUGCACUAAGUCUAAGCAGAAGCUCUGUAGAUCUCAGGAAUGCAUCAUCUCACCGUUCUCAUGCGUCUCAUCUUGUUUCUCCGCACUCGGUCUUUCCUUUAUAUUCACCCCUCAAUUCAAGAUAUGCAUCAUCGCCAUAUGUUCCAAGUUCAAGUAACGGGUCACCGAGCUAUGUCGGGUCAUCCAGUCGACAGCAGUUCCUGCGGCAUUGCAGUGAGUCAGCUGCAAGCAUCUCCCCUUUUGCUUCUGCACAGUCAUUGCCGGGAUGCUGAUGACAAUCAGUGCUCUCUAGAGCAAUUGUGGUUGCACUGGAUGGAAUUCAAGUGAUGUGGAUGUUGAAAACAGUUGCAUUCGUGUGCAUGUGCAUGUAAUCUACGAUGAGGGUGAGGACUAUUUGCAUAUUAGGCAGCAGACUGGUGUGCAUCGGAUGCAAAACGGGUAUGCUAUUGUAAUAUAUCACUGACCAUGUCGUUCCAUCUCUCUCACAUUGUUAUAUUAUUGCACUAAGUGGUUUUUGUUUUUAUUCCUUUUUUGGUCAGAAAUGGUUGCUUAUGUAAUUUUUAUUAGUGAUUUGUGAUUUUUCA